CUGUGACUGCUGAAGAAUACCCAAAAGAACUUCUACAACGUUCUUUAUCAGCACCACCAAUGCUAGAGAAAAAUGAUGAUGAUAAAUCUAUCACCAAUGUUAGCAUCAACUCUACCACCACUAACAACACCAAUACUGAAUUUUCCAUAAAUCCUGCUGAUACAGGUGGAAUAUAUCAUGGAUGGUUUCCUACAUUACAACGUACAUUAUAUGUACUUUCAAAGCUUUAUCAAUGUGUUAAUGUAAGUUGA